AUGAAACCGCCAACAAACGCAACACUUCUGCAUCAUGUCGACAUCCCAACGAAGAAGGCUACGUUCGGCAUGGGCUGCUUUUGGUCCAACGACUCUCUUUUCGGCGCCACGCAAGGUGUUGUACGCACUCGCGUCGGCUACUCGGGCGGCACCACCAAAAACCCUCAUUACAGGAGCAUUGGUGACCAUACAGAGGUGAUCGAGAUCGAUUACGAUCCGAAGACCGUCUCCUACGAUGAGCUCCUGGACAUGUUUUGGGCGAACCACGAGUAUGGACUCACAACGAAGCUGAAGAGACAGUACCAAUCCAUGAUCCUGUACCACGACUUGGAGCAGAGAGACGCGGCUGAGGCUUCGUACAAAAAGAUGCAAAUGAGCUGCAACGGGCAGCUCCGUACGGAAAUCGCGCCAGCCGGUCCUUUCUAUGCCGCCGAGGACUAUCACCAAAAAUAUAGGCUUCAAGGCCACAAAGAUCUCUGUCGCAGCAUUGGGCUGGAUUCUUCGAAGCUGCAGACGUCUCAUCUCGCGGCCCGUCUGAACGGCUACUUGGUGGGCGUUGGCGGGAGAGCGCAGUUCGAGCAAGAAGUGGUGCGUUUAGGACUGAGCGAGAAGCAAGCAGAGUACGUGAGGCGAGAGUUGGAACGCAAUGAAGGCGGCGGAUUGGCCUGC